AUGGCAUUCGUCACUGCUGAUUUACCCCAGAACUACGAUCGACAAUCUCAAUAUGCCGGUACAGGUCUAGAUAGGGUAGUAUCUCAUCCUCAUUAUACCGAGGAACAUGAGGAAGAUACCUUACCUGCACCUACCUCUGAACAUGUUCAUCAACAUAUUGGAGUACUGGCUAGACAAAUGUCUAGAGUCAGUCAUCAUAAUCACCAUCAACACCAUCAACACGGUCAUCACGAUAGUGAUAAGACCCUUCACGAGGGUGAUGACGGAGAGAUCAAUCCCUUCGAAUAUAGGGAAGGAAGCGAUCUCGAUCCGUUCUCAGAUAAAUUCGACUCGAAGAAAUGGACGAGAGGUUUCAUGAGAGCCAAAGAGGCUAGUGGAACUACUAGGAGAUCAGGUAUAUCUUUUAAGGAUAUGGCUGUACAUGGUUUCGGAUCUGAUGCUGAUUACCAAAAGACCGUAUCGAAUUUGCCCCUUGCGAUGAUUGGAGAAGUCAGGGAUUUCAUCGGGAACAGGAAGAGAAAGGUACAAAUCCUCAAGAGUAUGGAUGGUGUACUAGAGGCAGGGGAGAUGUUGGUGGUCUUAGGUCCUCCUGGAAGUGGCUGUACGACUAUGUUGAAGACGAUUGCUGGAGAGAUGAAUGGUAUCUAUCUCGAUGAGGCUUCUCAUCUCAACUAUCGCGGUAUCACACCGAAACAGAUGUACAAGCAAUUCCGAGGAGAAGCCAUCUACACUGCUGAAGUCGACGUACAUUUCCCCAAGCUCACUGUUGGAGACACCCUAGCCUUCGCUGCUGAAGCACGAUGUCCUCGAAACCCACCUAAUGGUCUGACACCAAAAGAAUUCGCCACAAACAUGCGAGAUGUGAUCAUGUCCAUUUUCGGUAUCUCCCACACAGUCAACACGAUCGUCGGUAACGAUUUCGUUCGAGGAGUAUCUGGUGGAGAACGAAAGCGAGUGACCAUCGCCGAAGCAGCAUUAGCAGGUGCUCCACUGCAAUGUUGGGACAACUCCACUCGAGGUCUCGAUUCAGCCAACGCCAUAGAAUUCUGUAAAUCUCUGAGGACCAAUGCCGACUACCUUGACAUCUCAUCGGUAGUGGCAAUCUAUCAAGCUCCACAAUCAGCUUACGACGUAUUCGAUAAAGUAUCUGUCCUAUAUGAAGGUGAACAGAUUUAUUUCGGUAAGACCACCGAUGCAAGGGCUUUCUUUGAGAAUUUGGGAUUCGAUUGUCCUGAACAACAAACUACACCCGAUUUCCUCACUUCUCUUACGAGUGCUUCUGAAAGGAAACCCAAACAGGGAUGGGAGAAUAGAGUACCCACAUCUCCCCAGGAGUUCGUCAAGGCUUGGAAAUCUUCUCAAGAGUAUCAAAAUCUGUUGGUGGAGAUUGAACAAUUCGAACAGAAACAUCCAGUUCAUGGGGAGAGGUAUAAGGAAUUUUUGGAAUCGAGAAGAGCUCAACAGUCUGGACAUCUUCGCCCAAAAUCCCCAUACACCCUUUCAUAUGGUGGUCAAGUUAAACUCUGUCUGCGAAGAGGUUUCCAACGUCUCAAGGCAGAUCCAAGUUUGACACUCACCGCAUUGAUCGGUAACAUGCUUAUGGCUCUCAUCAUCUCUUCGAUCUUCUACAAUCUUCCUGCUGAUACCAGUAGCUUCUACAGUCGGGGAGCUUUGCUGUUCUUCGCUAUUCUCAUGUCCGCCUUCAGUUCAGCUUUGGAAAUCUUGAUCUUGUAUGCCCAACGAAGCAUCGUUGAGAAACAUGCUCAAUACGCUUUCUAUCACCCUUCUGCCGAAGCCAUCGCUUCUGCACUUACCGAUAUGCCAUACAAAAUCACCAAUGCUAUCUGCUUCAACUUGAUUCUCUACUUUAUGACCAACCUCCGACGAGAACCAGGCCCAUUUUUCUUUUUCAUGUUGAUCAGUUUCGCCUGUACAAUGGUCAUGUCGAUGGUCUUCCGAUCGAUCGCCUCUUUGUCCCGAACACUCACUCAAGCGCUCGCUCCUGCCGCUAUACUCAUCCUGGCAUUAGUCAUCUAUACCGGCUUCGCUAUCAAUGUUGACUACAUGAAAGGCUGGGCUAGAUGGAUCAAUUACAUUGACCCUAUAGCAUACGGCUUCGAGUCACUCAUGAUUAAUGAAUUCCACGGAAGAGAUUACGCUUGUUCGGCUGUCGUGCCCACUGGACAGGGCUACGGAAGCACUACUGGAACGGAAAGUGUCUGCUCGUCGAUCGGGUCGAAACCUGGCUCAAUGGUCGUCAACGGUGAUGAUUAUAUCAAUGCUGCUUAUAAAUACUACCAUGCUCACAAGUGGAGAAAUUUUGGUGUCCUAAUUGCGUUUUUUUUGUUCUUCACUGCCAUCUACAUGGGCGCUACUGAAUUGAUCACCGCCCAAAAAUCUAAAGGUGAAAUCUUGAUCUAUCCUCGAGGCAAAGUUCCAAAAUCGCUCAAAAAGCGAUCAGCCGACGAUGAAGAGUCCCAGUCAGAUGGUAAAGGCAAUCAUCUCUCCAAGCAGAUCACUGGAGCGGAUCGAGCCGAUGCACCAGGGGUGAUUCAACGACAGACUGCCAUUUUCUCUUGGAAAGACGUAGUUUACGAUAUCAAGAUCAAAGGCGAACCGCGAAGGAUUCUUGAUCACGUCGACGGAUGGGUCAAGCCUGGUACUCUAACCGCUCUCAUGGGUGUUUCAGGUGCUGGCAAGACCACGCUGUUGGACGUCUUGGCUACUCGUGUGACUAUGGGUGUGGUCACUGGUGAGAUGCUGGUAGAUGGUAAACAACGAGAUGUUUCUUUCCAAAGAAAGACGGGUUACGUCCAACAGCAAGAUCUUCAUCUUGAAACUACCACUGUCAGAGAGGCUCUGAGAUUCAGUGCCCUCCUUCGUCAACCUAACCAUGUGCCCAAGCAGGAAAAGUUAGAUUACGUAGAGGAAGUGCUCAAAUUGUUGGAGAUGGAUGCUUAUGCUGAUGCCGUUGUUGGUGUUCCUGGUACUGGUCUCAAUGUCGAACAGCGAAAACGACUUACCAUCGGUGUAGAGUUAGUGGCAAAGCCUGCUCUACUUCUCUUCCUCGACGAACCUACAUCCGGUCUUGAUUCCCAAACCUCAUGGAAUAUUCUUCAACUGCUCAAGAAAUUGCAAGAGCAUGGUCAAGCUAUCCUGUGUACAAUCCAUCAACCAUCCGCUAUCUUAUUUGAGCAAUUCGACAGAUUAUUGUUUCUUGCUCGAGGUGGUAAGACGGUGUAUUACGGACAAGUUGGUGAAAAAUCGCAUAUCCUAAUUGAUUAUUUCGUGCGAAAUGGUGCACCACCUUGUCCACCUGGUGAAAACCCUGCGGAAUGGAUGUUAUCUGCCAUCGGUGCUGCUCCAGGAAGUCAUACAGAUGUGGAUUGGCAUAAAGCAUGGUUGAAUAGUCCUGAACGUCAAGAAGUUAGAAAUGAAUUGGAAAGAAUCAAACUUACCGCAUCAUCGGAAAAACACUCAGGUGGUAACACUACUAGCUCAGAACAGGAUAAAGCUGCUUAUGCCGAAUUUGCUGCUCCGCUGCAUAAGCAAUUCGGCUUGGUUUUAAUCAGAGUGUUACAACAACAUUGGAGAACACCUUCGUACAUCUGGGCUAAAGCUGUUUUGGGUAUUUCUUGUUCCCUAUUUAUCGGUUUCUCAUUCUUCAAAGCUGGUACAUCCCAACAAGGUUUACAAAACCAAUUGUUCUCAGUAUUCAUGCUAUUCACGAUUUUCGGUCAAUUGGUACAACAAAUAAUGCCUCAAUUCGUAACUCAACGAAGUUUGUACGAAGUCAGGGAACGGCCUUCCAAAGUAUAUUCAUGGAAGAUUUUCAUCUCCACUCAGAUCGUAGCUGAAUUUCCCUGGAAUUUCCUCAUGGGUACCGUCAUGUUCUUCUGCUGGUAUUACCCUAUUGGAUAUUACAGAAAUGCCAUUCCAACAGAUACGGUCCACUUACGAGGAGCGAUAAUGUGGCUCUACGUCGAAACUUUCUUGUUCUUCACAUCUACAUUUACUGCUAUGAUUGUAGCUGGUAUUGAAACCGCUGAAACGGCUGGUAAUAUCGCGAACCUACUGUUCUCGCUUUGUCUCGUCUUCUGCGGUGUCUUGGUACCAGGAGACUCGUUGCCACGAUUUUGGAUCUUCAUGUACCGAGUAUCACCCUUCUCGUACCUUGUCGAUGGAAUGUUGAGUGUCGCCGUUGCCAGGACCGAGGUCAUCUGCGCUGCGAAUGAGUACCUCCAAUUCACUCCUACCGCCGGAGACACCUGUGGUCAAUAUAUGGAAAAAUACAUAUCUGCUGCUGGUGGAUAUCUUUUGGAUCCAAAUGCUACAGAUGAAUGUUCCUUCUGUGCGUUGCAAUAUACAGAUACUUUCUUAGCUGGAUUCGGUCUAUCAUACAAUCACAAGUGGAGAGAUUUCGGUUUGAUGUUUGCUUAUAUAAUCUUCAAUAUCGUCGCUGCUGUGGGUAUCUACUGGUUAGCCAGAGUACCCAAGAACUCAGGUCAAGAGAAAGCUUCAGAACCUGAACAAUUGGAAAAUACUCCUGCGCCUGCGAUCCAGGAGAAGAGAAUUACCGAGUCUGAUCAUACUACUUCGACCAACUGA